GACAUAAGAAGAAGGCUGUGAGCGGAGGGAGGGAGGCGCAAAGAGGAAGAGCGGAAUAACGGCGGCCUGACGCAGUUUGUCAGUGCCGCGUGUGCCGUAUGGAUCAGAUCGGUAUAUAAAGUAAUGGUUAACUAUCCGGACUCUGUCCUCAUGUCUUCAGCCUAAGGUGGCUGUGAGGCUACUGCACAGGCCGAUAAGAGGCGGGCCAAACCCUGCGCGCAGUAGGUGAAGGGAGAUCUGUUUAUUUUAUCAGUGAAUGGACUGGAAUGCAGCGGCGCACACGGGGCGACACUUCUGCUGAGUAUCUGAACAUGAUCUGAAUAUUUACAUCGGGACUGUGUUUGUUCUUCUGGCGUCAUGGCUAACGACAUUGGAGCGAGCUUUGUGCGGAUGUGUAACUCCCUCCAGGACCCCAGGCUGGUGGCGAGAUUUCAGAGACUAUGCGGCGUUAAAGGGACAUUUCCAGAGAAAGCCCCCACAGAACAGAGCGCACCGGAGCUGGACCACAGAGGCCCGAGGAGGAGGGUCCCGGGCUCCGGGGUCGGUAACGGGGCCGCAGCGGGAGAUGCGCCCAACGGGAUGCAGGGUGAGCGCACCGCAGGGCCCGAGGGAGCAGAGGAGGCCAGUGAGGACACCGCCAGAGCGAAGCCCCUGCGGAGGAAUUCACUGACUGGGGACGUGGGACAGGAGUUUCUCAUCCACAACAAGUUUCUGUUCUAUCUGUUCACGUUUGGGACAGAGCUCGGUAAUGAGAUGUUCUUCAUCGUCUUCUUCCCUUUCGUCUUGUGGAACGUGGACCCCCUGGUCAGCCGCAGGCUCAUCGUGGUGUGGGCCUGGAACCUGUUUGUGGGACAGUCCACUAAAGACAUGGUGCGCUGGUCCAGGCCCGCCUCUCCUCCUGUGGUGAAAGUGGAGGUCUUCUACAACUCCGAGUACAGCAUGCCCUCCACGCACGCCAUGACGGGCACAGCCAUCCCCUUCUGCCUGUUCAUGCUCACCUAUGGGCGGUGGGAGUACCCGUUUCUGUUUGGGCUCAGCGUGGCUCUCAGCUGGAGCGUCCUGGUCUGUGUGAGCCGAGUCUAUAUGGGAAUGCACUCUGUCCUGGAGGUGAUCACUGGCUUCUUGUACACUCUCCUGAUUCUUGCCAUGCUUCAACCCUUUUUGGAGAGAAUCGACACGUUCUAUAUGAUGGGCAACUAUGCUCCUCUGGUUAUUUUGGUGUCCCAUGUGGGGUUUGGACUGGUCGCCUUCUCCUUGGACUCCUGGAGCACAUCCCGGGGGGAUACUGCACAGGGUUUGGGCACUGCCGCUGGGGUUGCUCUUGCCACUUAUGUGAACUAUCAGCUUGGUUUAGUAGAAGAUUACCCACUAUCCUCUCUCCCUCUCACUUUACCUCCCCUCAGCGCUGCCCUGGUGGUCCGCUCCAUGCUGCGCUUCCUGGUUGGCGUGGCCGUGCUCCUCGUCACCAGGAUGGGGAUGAAGGCAGUUACCAUUCCCUUCCUCUGCCAGGUGUACAAAUUGCCCUUGGACGACGUACGUGGAGCACGGCAGCUUAUGAGGGUUGAGCUGCCCUAUCGUUACAUAGUGUACAGUGUGGUGGGCUUCAGCUGUGUGACGGUGGUCCCUCUGCUUUUCAGCCUUCUUUAUCUGGCCUGAACCAGUGACAUCCUGCUGACCAUUUAACAGACAGAACAGAGCCAGUAUGAAUUAACUAUAGAAGACUCCAGUUUUACUUUUUAGCAUCUAUCUGUAUGUCCUCAAUAUAUUGAAGAGUUAAGCAUUAAUUUACAGACACAAAUAUAUGGCUGUACUGAACAUCCACUAAGAAUACUUUUAUGAAAUAGAUUGGGAAGGUGAUGCUACCAUAUAAAAAGAUGAGACCCCUCUAUCAUUGCUAUUUGAUUCAGCAUUGCUGUAGGUUUACAAGACAAGGUUUCUUUGCCUUAAAAGAUCAAAGAGUAUUAAAAUUAUUUGAAAAUGAUUUGUUAUUACAUAAUUAUUGCUGUAUUCAAACCACUGACUGAGUAUUUAUCUAUAUGUUGUAUUUGUAAUUUCUUAUUGUUAUGUUCUAAUAAUGUUUUUUAAUGAUAUCGUUGAAGUAUUUGUUCUUGCGUAUUGGAUAUUUAUGUCUCUAAAUAAGAGGUAAAAUUGUUGUAAUUAAAUUGAAUAACUUGUUAAAAGGACUUUGUCCUUUGCACAAACUUGUAAACAAUAAAAAGUAAAUUAUUCAGUGACAACGU